AUGCAGCGGACGGACUUGGAGCCAGGCCCAGUCGAGCAGCAGCAGCAGCAGGAGGAGGAGCAGCAGGAGCAGCAGCAGCACGACGACGACGCCAACGGGGAUGGCGUUGCGCAGGCAGUGCCCCCACCCCCCGCAUCUGACCAAGUCGGUCCCGCUCUGCUGAAGAUUGCGAACCACAUAUGCAACGCUGCCAAGUUCCCCAAGGCUGCGGGCCUCCUGCGCCAGCUCAUCGGCAGCGGCGCCAUAACCGCGGCGCACAGAGCCGAGCUGUUCGCCGCGCUGCGCGCCGCCUACGCCGACCCGGGCCGCGCUGACGACCCCGCGCUGCGGCGGGAUUAUCGGCGGCUGCUAAAUGCUUUCUGCAAUGGCGUGCCGCCAGACGUGCUGUCGCCGGGGCAGGGGGCGCAUUUGGAGAUUUACUCCAUUUGGACGCUGCAGCGAGGGGAGCUGGCCACGGAUGACAGCUUUGCCUUCAACAAGCAACGGCAGCAGCAGCAGCAGCAGCAGCAGCAGCAGGAGGAGCGGCAGCAGCAGCAGCAGCAGCAGCAGCAGCAGCAGCAGCAGCAGCAGCAGCACUGGAUGUCUGCUGCUGUCGCGCGCUUGAAAGAGGACAUCGCAGCCCUGUCGCCCGCCACCGCAGCAGAGGAGGCCGCCGCGCGCGGCCUGCAGCUGCCUGGCGGCGCGCGGGCGGCCCCGGCCGCCCCGGCGGCCGGCGGGCCCGCGCCGCCGGCGGACGAGGAGGCGGCAGACGAGGAGGCGGACCCCUUUGGUCUGGACGACUUCAUGCGGCGAAACGAGCAGGAGCGGGAGCAGGGGGAGGCGGGGCCCAGCGGCGGCGGCAGCGGCGGGGAGGGCGGCGCGGACGACGGCUCCUGGAGCGCCGCUGAGCUGGCGGUGAUGCGGCGGCAGGCGCUGCUCGACUGCGUCGCGGCGGCCAAGGGCAUGCACAAGCUGGCAUGGGCGCGGACCAGCGUGGAGAUGCUGGUGGAGGCAGCCCACAGCCACCUGGACCGCUUCGUGGCGCCGCAGCGGGACACCCUCGAAGGCUACCUGCGAUGGGUCAAGGCCGAGCGCGCCGCGCGCCGCAGCGGCGCCGCGCGCGCGGCCGGGGACGGGAAGGAGAUGACCACGUUUGAGAAGGCGCGGGCGGAGUGGGCGAGCGCGGCGGUCAGCCGCUACGGCAAGGUCGGGACCGGGGACGCCCGGUCGACGCACUGGCUGGGGUGA